UUUAUUUAUGCUUUUUUUCUAUCCAUUCUUUUCCUGAUCAUCUUUUUGUAUUUCAGAAACAUAUAAGUUCUCUUUUGAUAUACACAAGAGAAAUUUGGCAACUUGGACAAGUCUACUUUCUUUUGUUUCUAUACCUUUGCCAAAGAUUUUGAUUUAUGGGAAGUACUAACAGUCUUGCGUUUGUAUGCUCUACGAAUUUGCGAAGAAUUUCUCACAUUUACCUUAACACUAGUGUAUCACACCGUUCCUCAGAAGUAAAGUGGGCUGUUGAACCAAUUUCCAGACGGUGUGGUCUUCUUGGUUCAGUAUUAUCCCAACGUCUACAUCAUCAUUAUACACUGAUCAUUAUUGGGAAGCAGAUAAAAUGCUCGUCUUCAGAAUCAUCCGAGAAACUGCUUUCAAAUACUGCAACAAAUGAGGAUAUUACUGGUGAGCAGAUGAAAUGUUUCGACAAAGCUUCUUCGUAUCGUUUUGUGCCAUCAAGACCUAUCUGGAAACGAUUUGACGUCGGUUUACAAAAUGAAUUAGACCAGGAGACUGAUGUAUCUAAAAUUGAAGAUCCCAUGUCGUCUGAUAACUAUGAUGUAUUUUGCAUUGAUCGUAAAGCCCUUCCAAAACGAACACAACUGGAUUUAAAUACAGUAAAAUUACUCGAACAAGUAUCACUUAUUGAUUUCAAGGGUGAAACGACAUCAUCAGCCUAUCCUGUACAUCAUCAACUAGAGGGUCAUCGACAGAAAUCAACAAACGUAUCAUCCUACAGUACGGUAAUAAUAUACCAGAAAUCACAACAAGAUUACUGAGACUACUUGGAAUUGGUGUGGUUCAUCAACUAACAAAUUCCCUGCAAACACUAUUAUGCAGACCAAAGGAUGCAACAACCAAAGAACACAAAAUGAACAUCAUUUACGAAAUCAAAUGCAAUAACUAUAGUUAACACUACAUUGGACAAAAUGGUCGCCCUCUUCACCUUCGUUUAUAUGAACACCAGUUGGCUAUUAAACGUCACAACAUGUCAGUGCUGUGUUCAAUGCACGUGGAUAAUUAUGGACAUGAAUUCAAUUUUGAUAAUGUAGAAAUCUUGGACGUAGGGAGGAAACACAAAGAAUAUCAGAGAAUUCGUAGAAGCUUGGCAUUCACGUCAGUCAGCAAUCAUUAGAUGUAUAAACAAAGACCCAAUCUAUCAACUAAUGAAAAAAAUGAUAAACGACAGAAAGGUUAGAGGUCAAGCAAAGGAACAGCCCAACAGGAAAAUCUGUACAGUCAGUGACACAACAAUCAAAGGAAACAACCAAUCACAAACCAGUUCGUCAGGGCAAGCUACUAAAUCACUCACAGAGGAAUACUGACAGCUCACUUCAUACUGAAGUUGGUGCUGUUGAUGUCGUCUAGAAAGACGAUGAAAGCUCCAGGAUUAAACAGCCUGGCCCAGAGAACACAACCAAGACCAUCCAUAUGAACUACAAAUAUUCACCAUUUUUAAGUCCUUUUUCAUUGGUUGCCAGUUUAUAUACAUCUUUAGUGACUUUCUUUACGAACAAAAAAAUACCAAUAGCAUGUUUGAAGUCCCCAAAUAUACGAAUAUAGUGAAGAUUUACUUAAUUUGGAGUCUUUGGAUUUUACAAAUCUCAUUUUCUUAGCUUUAAAUUAUUAUUUCUCC